AUGUCUUGCCCGCUUUCCAGUCUCGUCAACCCCCUCGACAAAGAGCAGGUCCUCCUCUACUAUCUGUCCAGCAACCAGACCCCUGCCCUCGAGCUCCACCAUGUUGGCGCAGAGAAGACCACGGCCACUGCGUUCGCAGACAACCUCUCGGCCCCUGUCGACUCCAAGAUCGUGAACCCGGGUUCCUUCAGCGCUUUAUACAACGAGAAAUUGCUCAAUCUCUACGGUCUCGUCCAGAGCGCACCUCAAAAGGGCACCGCCGCCGUCGAUGCCAUUGCACCCAAGCGUCUGGCCCAACUGAGCCCUGUCUAUAAGCUCCUCCUACCGGAUGGCCCGACCAAUACCCGGGACCGAAGAAAAGCCACGCAUCACCGAGUUCUCAAUCGGUUGGUCGUCCCAGCUCAAGAGGCGAGGACCUCAUCACCAAGCCCCUCGACACCAAGCCACCCCUGGUUGCCAGCAACCUCGCAGCCGUCUACGAUCCAGCCGCCAAGAAAGAAGCUCAUCGUCUACCAAAACGAAGACAACCUCCGCAUCGUCGAGUCGACCAGUGAAAAUGACGACUCCCGUGAUUGCACCGGCCUUGCUCUGGUUCCCGUAAGCACGGACAAGGGCACCAAGCUGUAUCUCUACUACUUCAUGCAGAAGGGUGGAAAGCUCCAGCGCGUGGUUCGCAACGAGGACGGAACUUGGGGAGACUCGGCCGCCGCAGGUGAUAAGGCGGUUUCGGAUCCCAACACUUUCCUGGCUGCCUCCCAGGUUGGCGGCGUGAUUAUGGUGUACUACAUCGCAAAGGGAGAGUCGAGCAUCCAUAGCUUCAGGGACAAGGUUUAG